UCUCUCUCUCAUCUUUUUGUUUAUCUAUACUGCAGAAAACUCUGUGAUGGAUCUCCAAAAUCUGGAGCCAGCAACAACAGAUCCACCAAUCCAGAAGAAAAAAGUGAGUAAGAAACGAGCAGCAUAUGAUCCGGAUCUUGCACCAGAGAACCUCACUGAUCUUGGUCAUGCAGAGGCUAUUGAUGGGCUCCAUGUUGGGGAUGAUUUGAAUGAACCAACAAUGGGUGAGAAGCUAUCAAGACUAAAUGUAUUUGAUGAUGACAAAGCCAACACUUUGGAAAGCCAUGGGUCUCCUACUGAGCCAAAACUUCCCAGUGCGGAUUCAGUUUAUGUUUUGCUUAAGCAAGCGCUACAUGCUGAUGAUCGAGCACUACUGUUAGAUUGUUUAUAUAUGCAGGAUGAAAAGGUUAUCACAAAUUCAACUUCAUUGUUAAAUCCAUCUGAUGUUCUCAAACUCUUGGACUCCCUAGUAUCUAUGAUUCAGUCAAGUAGGGGUGCUGUGUUGGUUUGUACCCUUCCGUGGCUAAGGAAUUUGCUUCUUCAGCAAGCCAGUUGUAUAAUGUCCCAGGAAUCUUCUCUGCUCACCCUCAACUCUCUAAAUCAGCUGAUUGAGUCUAGAGUUUCUUCCUUACGGUCAGCAGUCAAGCUAUCAAGUUGCUUAGACUACCUUUUUGUAGGGAUCUCUGAUGAUGUGGCUGAUGAGACGAGGAUGAUAAAACCCAUAGUUUAUGAGGAUAAGGAUGAAAGUGAUGAAGAGGAGCCAAAAGAUGCUAUGGAAACUGAUGAAGAGAGUGACGAAGAAGUCAAGGAAGCCAUUUAUGGUUUUAGUGAUUUUGAAGAAAGCGAUGACACGAGGGAAUAAGAUUUUCAUAGUAACCAAACCCCCUUCUAAGGAAUUCUGAAUUUUUGGUCCUAAGAAAAAAACAGGGGAUGGUAAUGGAUUCAGGGUUGCAUACCAUCCAUUGCAGUGGUACAAUUUUGAGAAUCUGAUUAUCACUGAUUGAUUGCUUA